AAUUAAAGCCUAAUAACUUUUAUUGCAGUAGAUAUUUGUUUUUUCAGCUUAAAGUAGUGUAGCAUUUUAGACGGUCGUCGGUAGGUACUUUUAAUAAAUUGUUAAGUAAAUUAAUCCUAUUGUUAGGAGAAAAAAUAAUAAUGUCAUUUGAAGCGCUGUGUUUUAUAAAUUUUGUGACCGAAAAAUGAAGUAUUCCAUAACGAGACCAAACUUAACUUAACAUUAUAACAGUUUUUUGCUUGUUAUAACUUGAUCAUAACGUUAAAGAUUAGAUUUGUUGACAGUGACAGUGUCAUUUCAUCAAAUAUUUACACAUUGCCGGUUUAUUCAUAUUUUACAAUGUUAUCCUUUAAUUUUGAACUUUGAACUAGUGUUUAUGUGUUAUUUCAUCACAUUGUAAUAAUGUGGUCCUGUUCAUAAAAUUAUCCAGUAUUAUUUUCGUGGUUGAAAAGCUUUUAAUUUCACAUAGAAGUGUAUAAACACUGUUUCUUUAAAUUACAAUUUUAUAAUGGAAGAAAUAAGAAAAUUAAGUAAUGGAUAUUAUUGUAAACUAUGUGAACAUUAUGUUAAAUCGCUAGAUAAAAACAUAACCAAUAAUCUAAGAGCAGUGGGUAUUGCAACAAGACCUUCAAAUAGUAAUGGCCUAUGGUGUUACAUCCUUUUGCCUUUAAUUUUGCUAAAUUAUACAAUUUGGUACAACACAAGUGUUUUGUAUCAGACAGUAGCAUUUCUAUCUGUGGGUUUAUUCUUUCAAUGUAGUCUUUUUAUACUCUUCCUAUCACUAUCUGGUAGCAUUUUAAUGGAGGGUGAUUAUGGAGGUUGUGUUGCUUGUAGUUUAAUAUCAACAAUGCUUAUUUAUGCAUUUACAAAUCAAGAUUUAAUGGUAUCUCUAGUCAUAACAUUGUUAUGUGUGUCAUCAUUUAGUUCAUUAUUAAAAUUGGUUCUCAUAAAUUUUCCUAAAACAUUUACUGUCGGAGAGGCGAUGGUGGUUGUACAGAGUAUACCACUGUUUGUAUCUGCAGCAUCUAUUCAAUAUGUACAAAGUCUAUUGAAUGGUGUUAAUGAAGAAUAUGCAUUUAUAAAUACUCUUGUUUUUACGAUAUUAUUAACAACAGUUUUUAUAAUAACAUCAAUAUUUGUGUUACAACCUGAAUAUAGAUGUGCCAGCACUGUGUUAUCCAUUGUAAUAGCAAGUGCUAUAGUUUUACUAAUAAAGUGGCACAUUAUAUUGGGACCAAAUUGUCUUUUUGAUAUCAUUGAGUAUGUUUUUAUGGACUAUGUAAGACUGAAAUUGUUUUUGUUUUGGUUAUUAUUAUUGUUAAUAUCAAUACUUGUGAUCUUGUUACAAACGAGAACAUCUGUGAAGGCAAACACAGUGACAAGGAAGACAUUUCAUGUAUUAGCUUCUUUAGUAUUUCUGAGUGGCAUAUUGACUGAUGUACCUUUAAUGACCUUGGCUUCUGGAGUUGGUUUCUCUGUAUUAAUAUUUGUUGAGGCUCUAAGAAUAGCAGAAAUUGAAACGAUCUCAUCGACACUUCAAUCAGCCUUUGUUGUUUAUUGUGAUGAUAAGGACAGCGGUUCAUUUGCUAUGACUCCAUUAUAUUUAUUUGUGGGGCUCGCUUGUCCUAUUAUCCUAACUCCGGAGCCUGCUAGCUUGGACCUCCUAUCCGGUGUGCUAGCAGUCGGCGUAGGAGAUACAGCGGCCAGUUGUGCUGGAGCUACCUUUGGGAAGAAUCGGUGGUCAGAUAGCAACCGGACUUUGGAAGGGACAUCCUUUAAUAUCUUAUCACAAGUCGCUGUUGUGUAUUUCCUGCAGUUUUUCAAUAUUUUAGAUGUUCCAAAUGCACUUACACGCACUUUAAUCGCGUCGACUGUUUCAGCAUUAGUUGAAGCAAAAACUGAACAAGUGGAUAAUCUGAUUUUACCUCUAGUUACAAUAUUAGCAUUUCAAGCUACUUGCUUUCUCUCAUAAAUCUCGGUAUGGUUUAAUUUCAAAGUUUAUAUUUUACACGACUGUAUAUUUAUUACGGGUGUUCGUAAGAUUUAUAGGAAUUCCAAUCUAUAUUAAUAUUAUAAAAAAGAAUUUGUAUUU